CUCACAGAGAAGGGUCCAAUGAAGAGCUGACUGGGUUUGGAUAAGCUCCUGCAAUGCUCCUUUAGGUUCGAACUGGGUAAUCACAAGGUGAAGAGCCUGAUGUACCAAAAUGGGAUCACAGUACAGAAGGAACACAAAUAACUGUAGUAACCAAGAUCCAUAUACUAUUUCCUGUCCUAAAAUGUUUGUUAUGCCACUAUCAACUGUUAAAAGCUACAAUAUAUAUCGAUCCAGAGCAUGCAAGACAGAAGGCAUGAGCAGGUCGUGUCUCUACCCUUAAUGCUGAAGGAGGCUUACUCAGCAGAGAAAAGAGCCCACGAGGAUUACUCUGAAAACAUGUCAGAGGCUUCCUCCUUUCAUGACUUUUUUUAUGAUUCCAUAUCAGGCAUACAGGAUGGAGAGGUUUCAAAGGAGCUAUCUGCAUUUCUCAGCAAGGAGGAGAUAAGUAAAAGCCUUGACCUUGCCAGAGAAGCUAUUGCUAAUUCAGUGAAGGAGAAUCAGAAUGUAGAGCAGGAUUUCACUCAUAAUUUCAACACUUCUCCAACGUCAUCAGAAUAUGCUUCUUCUAGGAAGACCAAAGUCCAUGAACAAGAAGUUUUGAGGAGGCUUCAGGUGAGCAGCCCAAAUUCACUAUUCAGCACAGCUCAAACUCUCCCAGAGCAACAGAAACAGCAACCACCCACAUCCCCUCAGGCAGCAAGCAGCAUUUGCACUGUUCCUGGGAGGCAAGGCAGCAUCUCGCCCUCGCUAACGACUAGCCCCAGCUUUAUUCGGAGCCUAAGAAAAGCAGAGAGAUGUAGUCCAAAUAUGCAAAAGACAAGCCCAAAAUCCAAAUCAAUGUCUCAGGAAGAUGCUCCUUUCAGGAACAAGCUGUGUGACAAGGCUGCCAUGUUCAUUGAAGAACUUUCUUCCAUAUUUAGAGAAGCAGCAAAGGCAAGAGGCAGGAGUCCCAAUGGGGACUCCUCUUCUCCUGACAGUGGAUACCUAUCUCCUAAAAAGAAACAGUCAGCCACGAUAAAUGCCUCAGUGAAUCAGAGCCCUGGCAAAGCAUGUCCAGAGACCAAACCUGAGGCAAAGUUACCUGAGACUCACCACAAUGUAGAGCUCUUCCCUGACAGGAAGAAUGUCACUCAAGAAAAUGAAACUGCCUUCCACCAUGAGCUCACCAAUCCAGGUAGCUAUCAGUCUUCAGCUCCUCGAUUUACUCAGAAACUCCGGAGCCAGGAAGUGGCUGAAGGAAGCAAGGUGCUGCUGGAGUGCAGAGUUGCUGGAAACCCAACACCUCAUGUCAGAUGGUUCUGUGAAGGGAAAGAGUUGCAGAAUUCCCCUGAUAUUCAGAUCCAUUGUGAAAGUGGAGGCCUUCAUUCACUAGUCAUAGCAGAAGCCUUUGAGGACGAUACUGGACGUUACACUUGCCUGGCAUCAAAUUCUGUUGGCUCUGAUAGUACUUCAGCAGAAGUAUUCAUUGAAGGUGUCAGCUCAACAGAUUCUGAGAGUGAAAGUUUAGUUUUCAAGUCAAAAUCUGGAGCUAUGCCACAAGCCCAGAAGAAAACUACUUCUGUUUCCUUAACAAUAGGAUCUUCUACUCCAAAGGCUGGAGUCACCACAGCUGUAAUUCAGCCUAUCUCUGUACCCAUUCAGCAGGUCCAAAGCCCUACUUCAUAUCUGUAUCGACUAGAUGGAUCCAAGCCUGUCUGCUCCACACCCAUUUUUACAAAGGAGCUGCAAAACUCCACAGCAUCUGAAGGACAGGUUGUUGUACUAGAGUGCAGAAUCAGGGGAGCUCCUCCAUUGCACGUCGAGUGGUUUCGACAGGGUGUUGAAAUCCAAGAUUCUCCAGAUUUCAGAAUUCUCCAGAAAAAGCCCCGGUCUGCAGCUGAACUUGAAGAGAUAUGUACAUUAGUAAUUGCAGAGACUUUUCCUGAAGAUGCAGGAACCUUCACAUGCACAGCAACAAAUGAAUAUGGGUCAGUGACAAGUAGUGCACAACUUACCGUCUGCUCAGCCAACUCUGAAAGCUCUAGCCAUGAGCUGUCAACAAGAGAAUCCAACAGUGAUGAUUUCCAACAUUUCCCACCUCCCCCUCCAGUUCUUGAGAUUAGUUCUCUUGAGCUUCCUCCAAAGAAGCAUACAGAGAGCCAACAGGUGAACAACACAGAAUUUAGACCCAACAUAGCAGCCGUUCAGUUUCAGCUCAACUCUGCUGAGAAGAAAACCAAUGGCAUCCAUCCCAGUCAUGAAGCAAAUGGAGUGAUUAACAGCAAAGCUAGUAGUGAUAAGUCUGCCCCAGCUCCAGCUGUCCUGCUUUCACCCACAAAGGAACCACCACCAGUCCUUGCCAAACCAAAGCUGGACCCUCUAAAACUACAACAACUGCAGAACCAAAUUCGUCUGGAACAAGAAGGUGGCCAGCGAUACCAUCACCACCAGCAACAUCAAAACCCUCCCCCAUCUCCUCCUUUUCCUCCUCCCCCUUCUUUCCAGGAGCUGGUGUCCAGCCAGUCUGUCACUUCUCCUGUGCAAAUGAGCAUUCUCAACUCCCACACUUCCCCAACCAUGCAGUCAUCCAGCACCUUCAACUAUGCCCGGCCUAAACAGUUCAUUGCUGCUCAGAACAUCAGCCCUGCUUCAGGUUAUGUAACUCCUUCAUCUGGCUCUUCCACAUCCAGCCUGCCAUCCCCUAUGUCUCCAACUGCCUCUCAGAAACAAUUUGGCAGAGCACCUGUUCCCCCUUUCUCCCAGCCAUUUGCUCCGGAAGGGGAGUACCUGUGGUCUCCAUCUUCCUCUUCACCCCCUCCCCCACCUCCUCCAGUCUUUAGUCCAACUGCAACAUUUUCAGUUUCUGAUUCCUUCCCACUUCCCCCACCCCCUCCUCCUCCUCUCCCUUCCUCAGUUUCCUCACCUUCCCGCAGUCUUUCUCCAACUGCUAGGUUCUCUAACUCCAGCCAGUCUCCAGCAGCGUUCCUCAGCUCCAUGUUACCAUCCCAGCCACCGCCUAUAUCUGUCAAUGCACUAGGACUUCCAAAAGGUGUUAUGCCUCCGGGAUUUCCAAAGAAAACAGGCAGAACUGCUAGGAUAGCAUCUGAUGAAGAGAUUCAAGGGACAAAAGAUGCUGUCAUACAAGACCUGGAAAGAAAACUUCGUUUCAAGGAAGAACUUUUGAACAAUGGCCAGCCGAGGUUAACAUAUGAGGAGAAGAUGGCACGUCGACUACUGGGUGCUGACAAUGCUGCAACUGUCUUUAAUAUACAGGAACCAGACGAAGAGCCCACUACACAGGAGUAUAAAGUCUCCAGCUUUGAGCAGAGACUGAUCAGUGAGAUUGAAUACCGCCUGGAGAGGUCUCCUGUGGAGGAAUCGGAUGAUGAGGUGCAGCAUGGAGACGAGCCCACUGAUAACAGUAUGGCACCAUAUUUUGAGAUGAAGCUGAAACAUUACAAAAUCUUUGAAGGAAUGUCAGUCACAUUUACAUGCAGAGUGGCUGGAAAUCCAAAGCCAAAGAUUUAUUGGUUCAAAGAUGGGAAGCAAAUCUCUAAAAGGAGUGAUCACUACAGAAUUCAAAGAGAACCGGAUGGGACCUGCUCUCUCCACACUACAGCCUCCACCCUGGAUGACGAUGGGAAUUACACUAUCAUGGCUGCCAACCCCCAGGGCAGAAUAAGCUGUACUGGAAGGCUGAUGGUUCAGGCUGUCAAUCAGAGAGGACGGAGUUCUCGAACACCCCCCAGCCAGCCUCAUAUCAGAAGACCUCGAUCUCGAUCAAGGGACAGUGGCGAUGAAAAUGAACCAAUUCAGGAACGAUUCUUCCGACCUCAUUUCCUGCAGGCUCCUGGAGACCUGAUUGUUCAAGAAGGAAAACUCUGCAGAAUGGACUGCAAGGUCAGUGGAUUACCAACUCCAGAUCUAAGCUGGCAACUCAAUGGAAGACCAAUUCGUCCUGAUAGUUCUCACAAAAUGUUGGUGCGUGAGAAUGGUGUACACUCUCUGAUCAUAGAGCCAGUCACAGCUAGGGAUUCUGGAAUCUACACAUGCAUUGCCACCAAUCGAGCUGGUCAAAACACAUUCAACCUGGAGCUCAUUGUUGCAGAAACACAGAGGGACUGUAAAACUGCCAUUAAACUGACAGAUGAAGAUAUUCCUGCUAAGGAAGAACACAAGCCGCCUGUGUUUAUAGAGAAGCUACAGAACACAGGAGUGGCUGAUGGAUAUCCCGUGCGACUGGAGUGCCGAGUCUCUGGGGUGCCAUAUCCUCAGAUAUUUUGGAAGAAAGAGAACGAGUCACUUACUUACAACACUGAAAGAGUGAGUAUGCACCAGGAUAACCAUGGCUACAUUUGCCUGCUUAUUCAGGGAGCUACAAAAGAAGAUGCUGGUUGGUAUACUGUGUCCGCUAAGAAUGAGGCUGGGAUUGUGUCCUGCACUGCCAGGCUUGAUGUUUAUACUCAGUGGCAACAACAACCUCAAACCACCAAGCCAAAGAAGGUGCGUCCUUCAGCCAGUCGAUAUGCAGCACUUUCUGACCAAGGACUAGACAUCAAGGCAGCAUUCCAGCCUGAAGCAAACCCAGUUCAUCUGACAUUGCAGUGUGGCUUGGUAGAGAGCGAUGACCUGUAGACCUGAGCUGCCAGAUCCAUCAUUUUCUUUCAAAGCAGAAACACUGAAAGCCAUUGCCUUGACCAAUGAUACUUCUAUGUCACUUUAUGUAAAGCCAGACACCUUCAAGUACAAAAAUCCCCACUUUAACCAUAUAUUUCUUAUUCCUACCAAGUUAGGAUAGGUAGCUGAUUAAUAGAAAUGUUCACAUUGCACAGAAAAUCACAUUCACUGUUCAGUUCCUUAUGCCUAUAUUGCUAGAACUCUUAUGAAUAACCUUUUUCAUAAAGGCCAAAAUACUGAACUGAACCAGAUUUUUCAGAAGUAAACAGUACAGUAUUUAUCACCGAGUGCCUUCCUAAGCAAGAUGUAGAUGCUACAUGGUAUUAAUGGUGUGAGAAGUUUCAUUUAAGGCUAUUAGACCAUAAAGGAAAUUAACAUGUAUAGUUAUCUUUUUACAAUUCAAAAAUGGUGAGGCAGAGUGGUAGUUACAGAGAACAAGUGCAAUAUUGUAAGAAUAAAACAGGAAGGAAAAGAGAAGGAAAAAAACUGAAACAAAUACCUUGUCUCUACAAUGAGAAAGGAAAUACAUGCCUUAAAAUGUUAGAAUUGCCAAUACUAUAGCAAGGCUGACACCUUUGUUCUUAAGAUUUUUUUAUUUUAUUAUUUUUUUUUUUUGCCAGCGAGGAGGCUUAUUUACAAGGCUAAUUUAAGCAUAAAUAAUUGAACCUAGUCAAAAUAAUGAGAGAUGAGGCAUAAUAUACUACUACAGACUAUAAAUCCUAGCACCCAAGUAAGGGAUACUUUUGAGGGAGAGAAAAAUGCCAACAGUAUAGUUUUACUACAUAAGGUUAGCAAAAAGGGUUCAGAGGGGGAAAAAACUAUGGAUGUUUUUAGUGUUUGAGGUUUUUUUAAACAGAUCCUGAAAACUAACAGAACACUGCCAUUCACACGUUUGAAAUUCCCAGAUCAGCAGAAAGCUAUGGAGUGAACAUUUAUGAUUAUGUAGAGCUUGUGACUAUGUAUGAGGAUUUUAGGAAUGUAGAGCAAGUGGAAAAAAUGGACUGAGUCUGCAAUCGGAGUUUAAAUGACAAACACAUCAUAGGGGAUAGGCUAGUAGAAUGAAGGUGGAGAAAAACAGAAGUGCCAUAAUAUUAUUUUCUUAAGAUAACGUGUAGGUGGUGAAUGAUAAAUAUUUGUUUUCUUCCCUAGUGUAUGAUAGACUAACCAUGCUGUGGCUAGAGACUGCGUGCAGUAGGCGAAGACUUUAGCACAGAGGCUACUUUCAGAAUGCAAAGCAAUUCCACAUCAAACUGGACUCUACCUAGUCUACUGUACUAGGCAGUUUUGACUCUGACCCACUUAGUUUAGGUGAGAGGGCAGAAGAAUUUUAAUUGGGCCUAAGGGGGGGGGGGAAACUGAGGUAUUGAUGGUACGAGAGUACUUUGAUAUAAAAGGAACAUGCUGUAUUCCUUAUAUGAAGCACAUAUGGUUAUCUUUCAUUAUUUAUAAUAAAAAGUGUUGAAAUCUAUCUCAGCUCAGUUAUUCAAGUCCAUUAUUAGUUUAUUGUUUGUGGACUACCAUAUAUUUUGCAUUACUGCUAUACAUAUAUUGUUUCAUACCUCUUUGUAAGUAUACAAACCAAUUUUUUUUUAGUGACUAAACUUUAGUACAGAAGAUAGUACUAUUCUAUGCAGAUUGGUGCAGGUUAUGACCACAGUUACAGGCAUUGCUUAUCUAAAUUAAUAUCAUACAGUCUGUCAUAUGGAAAUAUCCUACCUAUAUUUUAGAGUAAAGUAUGUCUUAUUUGCCAAGUUUUUCUUGACUGCUAAUUUACUGUUUGUUUAGCUUAACUAGCAUUAUUUUGACACCUUUUAUUUGUAUUUAUAAAAAAAGUACUAUCAUUACUUUGGAUUGUUGUGCUGACAUAAUGUGGGUUUAGCAUCAAUAAAUAUUACACAAACAGAAAA